AUGGAAGAUAUUCUUGUCUUGUUAAAUAACAUUUAUUUAAUUCAUUUCAAUCAUAUAGAAAAAGCAGGAGUUGUACAAGAAUUCCUUGAUCGUCGUAUUCUUCAAGCUAAAAGACUUUAUAUUGGUGAACGAAAAGCUAUUUUAGCAUUGGCUUUAGAAUCACUAAAUAUAAAUGAUAUUGAAGUUCGAAUACUUAAAUAA